CUAGCUUGAUCCAGAACCCGUCUGAAAGCACAUAUAAGCCUCUGGUACUUGGGUCCGUUCCUGAAGCCCCGCCGCCAGUAAUUCUACCUAAGCUUUCGAGAACACAAUCCUCGCCGUCACCGACAUGUCGCAAGAACCGGGAACUUUGACUCAUGCGCGCUACGGAAAGGACCUUGUACGCGUUUUACGUGUAGUGCGCGAGGGAGCGUGGCAUCAUGUCGUCGAGUACAACGUGAGGGCGCUGGUGGAGGGCGAAAUAGAGACCAGCUAUACCAAGGCGGACAACUCGUGUGUCGUGGCCACCGAUUCCAUCAAGAACAUCACAUAUUAUUUGGCCAAGACCUCCCCGCAUGUCCUGCACCCGGAGCGUUUCGCCCUGCACCUGGCAACUUUCCUGGUCUCGAAAUACGCUCAUUUGAGCAAGAGCUUCGUGGACAUUGAAAUGCUUCGGUGGACUCGGAUCCCUGUGUCUGCGGCGUCCAAUCCCGAGAAGGAGAAGGAAAAGGCUCAUACCCACUCGUUCUACCGAGAUGGCGAGGAGAAGAGGACGGUCAGCGUAGAGGUCGAUGCGACAGCUGGAAAGGAUAAACUAGUCGCGAAGGUCACCAGCGGCUUGAAGGGUCUGUUAGUAUUGAAGACGACGGGCUCCGCCUUUGAGAACUUUGUGAGGGAUGAAUACACAACGCUCGUUGAGGUCAACGAUCGUAUCUUCUCCACGUCCAUCGACCUGACCUACACGUACAAGCCGAUCCCGAUCCCAGCUCCUACGGACGAGAAGAAACUUGCGUUUGACCUGCAAUCUGCGGGAACCGGUGACAUCUGGGAUGGUGAUAAUGCCGCUACCUUAGCUCGCAAUAUCACGCUCGAAGUUUUCGCUACGGAUGACAGUGCUAGCGUCCAGGCUACGCUCUAUAUCAUGGCUCAACGCAUCAUUGCGGAGAACAGCUUUGUGCAGUCCGUCACGUACACGCUUCCUAACAAACACUAUAUCCCCGUCGACAUGCGUUACAUAGGCGUGGACAACUUGACCCCCGCCAAGGCCGAAGUCUUUACCCCAAUCGCUGCUCCGAGUGGGCUUAUAUCUGCUACUGUCUCCCGCAAGUAACUUGGUUCAAGCGCUACCGCUGCUUGGUUGCCGUGAAAUCAAUGUAUAUGUAGAUUGAUCUUUCUUGAAACUAUCUCGAAACUCGAAGGGCGAUUGUAGACGGAUCAGCUUGAGGCAU